AUUGGCACAUUUUUCUUAAAACCAGGAGAAACUGAUGAUUUUGCCUUUCAUGAUAAAUUUAUUCCUAAGAACAAAAUUGAUUGUACAUUUCGCCAGAUCCGUGGACCUUCUGUAAUGAUUAGGGCAUUUGAAGGUAGUACUGGUGCAUUUGAUCAUGGUAAGAAGAACUAUUGGGAUGCAAGAGAAAAUAUGAUUUAUUUCACGCAUGGUCAAGAAGUGCCUAAGUUAGAGUAUAAAUGGACUUAA